AUGGCAAUUGUAACCAUGUUGAGCACCGCUGAUGCAACACAACUCAAUACCCUGCGCGUCGAACUCAAACUAUGGGAAAAGGCGUUUGCGGAUGCCAAUGGAGGACGAAAAGCGGGCAGACAUGAUAUCAAGCAGGAUCCAAGUAUAGCCGCCAAAUACAAAACUUACGGUCGACUGCGCGCCCUCGAGGAGUCAUCAACAUCCCCUCACAACGCCGGUGGUCUGGACAAAACACCAUCAAGAUCACAUGCUCCCACAAAACGUAAACAUGCAGACAUCAACCCAAACGACACAUCAGUGAACAACCAGUACACACCCCGCAAGGUGCGACGGGAAAUCAUCACUCCAUCAAAGAAUAGGAUCAAUCCGAAUCAUCCCGCAACACUAGACCCCUACGACUCUCCAUCCGUGUUCCGUCGCCUUUUCAGUCCGUCAACCCAUCGUCAAUCGCAACAGCCAUCUCCACUUCCCCUCAAAACCGCCAUUGGGCCUACACCGCAACGCAAUGGCAAAAUACUGGGGUUAUUCGACAUGCUCUCUGCUUCCGGGGGAAGCACGGCUACACCAUCCGCGACGCGAGUUGCAGCCCUAGGGCAUGCAAUUGUUCAGACCCCUUCGAGACGGAAGAUGGGUCAAAAAUUGGAUGAUAUCCAGGAGUCUGAGGACAAAGAAGGAAAUGCAGGCGAUGAUGAUGAAUAUGAGCAUACAGUCAUGGGACGGACGCCGACCUCGUCGAGCAAGAGAUUAUAUCUUGAACGAUUGUUUGCGACGCCGACGACGCUUCGAUUUGCCACUAUGAUGGAAGAAGGGGAGGAUAGCCAGCCGCAGCGGAUACUGUAUAAAAAUGUGGAAGAAGUACAGGCAGAGGACAUGGAUGCUCUCACUUCGGGAACGCCUAGCUUUCUGCGACGGUCGAAUUCGGGGAGAUACGUGACUAGCAAUGACAAUGAUCCCGCUAACCCGCUAAGUCCAGUUGGUGUGAAGAAACAUCAGCGGUAUAAUGGAAAGGGACUCAGUGCGCUAGUGCAGGGAUUGCGAGAUAUGGAGAAUGAGCGGAUGGAGGAUGAUUGGGAUAUUCUGAAUGAGUUGGAAGCGGAACAGAACAUUGGGAUGGCAGGAGAAAAGGUUCAAGUUGGGGAUAGCCAAGUGCCUCAUGACGCUGCAGGUGAAGGCCCGAGUGGUGGGAGGGUAUGGAAAAAGAAAGGGCAGAAGAGGACUACUCGACUGGUCAAGAUGAAGCCAGUGAUGCAAGCCAAGAAAAAGCCACCACAAACGACUGCAGCAAAGGCGUCAAAGAACAUGGAACAAGAGAAGGACAAUGAAGAAGAUGAAAGCGAAGACGAGCUUCAAAGUGGCGCCAAUCCUGAGUCGCUGGAUGCCAACGAAAAUUCCCUACCAGAGACCCGAACUCUGAGAGAGAGGAAGAAACCUACAGAAGACAACUCAAAUGCAGACGAUGCAUGCGACGCGAACGAAGAGGAUGAAUACAACGAAGUGGCCUCAGACGACAACUCCUCCGACUCAGACUUUGCCGAAAUCGUCUCCACAAAACAAUCGCUACCUACCACAAACGGCAAACCAACGUCAAGUUUCUCUGAGAAGUUGAAAGCCGCAUUCUCAUCAGUUCAGCCACUCAAGAAGAUGAAAAAGAGUACCGCUGAAAAGAACGACGAAGACAAAAAGAAGCCAUCGUCGCCGAAGAAGAGAAAAGUCAAUCCUGAUGCUCAUGCUAAUUACCGGUCGCUCAAGAUCCGAUCAAGAGGGCAGGGGAGAUUUGGAAGGGGGCGAUUUGGCCGGCGGUGA